ACGGAAGUCUACUUUGACAGUGACGUUCAUGGUUUCCAUAGCAACGUGUACACUCUGGCGUUGCCUGGAGACCAAGAUAACGUUAGAACGAGUGCUAGCUGCGCUUUGCUAAUUCAAAUUCUCGCUAAAAAGAUGGGAAUAAACCAGAUAAAGGAUUAAAGAAGAAGUUUAAACGAGGGUCAGUGGACUUGUUUCUCACCGUGUCACGGCUGUGUCACCGUGUCUCAGCGUUCAGGCGGGUUUACAGCUCGUUUGUUAACUUAAGUUGACUUAAAGUGGGGCAGCUAACAAGCUAACCUAGCAUUAGCCGGUUAGUUACCGUUAAGCUGCCAUGUCGGAGCAAAGAGAAGAUAACGUUACAGAGCAGGAGGUGAAAGAAGGUGAGGAGGAAAAGACGGAAACAAACCUCCAACCAGGUGGAGUUACUGAAGAACAGACAGAGGACGACAGAGAGCCGGGGAGGGAUGGAGAGGAGGCGCAGACUGACAGGAAGACCUCAGAUGUGCUGGAGGCUGCGGAACAAGAUGAAACUGAUCUGCAGGAUGACACCGAGCAGCUUAGAGAGCUUCAGCAAACAGGAAAUGUUGGAAAUUCAGUCUCAACAGAUGUGCCUCAGCCUGCUGAAGAAGCUGAAUCUCAGGCUGAUCUGCCCGAUGAUGCCGAGCAGCUCAGAGAGCCUCAGAGAAAAGAAGAUGUUGGAAACUCUACGGCAACAGUGAAGGUGGUGCUGGUGCCAGAGGGUCAUGUGAUGACUGUGGCCUUCGCCAUCGGUCUCAGCAUUCAGGAGCUGAAGCUUCACCUCGCCGCGGAGCUCAGAGUUCCUGCUGAGGUGCUGCAGAUCUCUCUGGACGGCAGAGUAGUGGAGGAGCAGCAGAGCCUGAUGGAGCUCGGUGUCCAGCCUCACGGCUCCACCCGGAUGGAGAUGAGCUCCACUGACCCGACUGUCCACCCACUCCGCCCAGUUCGCCCCCCAGAGCAUGACAACAUGCCGGAUGUCAUCACCGUCCGAGUCCAAACAGAUGAGGACGUGUUCCAGGAGGUGGUGGUGGAGAUUGAGCGUCCUCUCCAGCAGAAGGCGUUCCUGGGCGGCUACAGACACCGGCUGACGGGGGCGGAGUAUCACCACGCUGCCGUCCAGACCCUGCCCAAGAGGAGACCUGACAGAGGAGUGGUGGUGUUCAGCCGUGACACGCAGACAGUGGAGCUGAAGUCUCAGGCCCAGCAGUGUCCCGUCAACGUCUCCACCCAGAUGACCGGAAUCGGCUGCUACGUCUCCUGUAUGAACGACAAACUGGUCACCCCCGGCAACUACAUCACUGCUGAUGAGUAUCAUGACAGGAGGUUGAGAGCUACGAUCCGUCUGCAGUCGUUUGCUCGGCGCUGGCUGGCUCAGCAGGAGGUGGCCAGGCUGAGGAGGGAUCGGGACCGGCGGCUAGCUUGGCUGGAGCUGCAGGAGAAGAAGAGGAAGGAGGAGAAAGAGGAGCAGCUGAGAGACCGUCGCCACCGCUGGAUGAACCCGCAGAGGAGGGAGGACUUCAACCUGCUGUACCACGCUCUAGAGAAGUGGAGGUGUGAGGAGGAGCAGCAGAUCCGCUCAUCCCUGCGAGGAGCUGAGAGGAAGGCAGCUCUCUGUGCGCUGCUGGAGCAGGAGAUGCAGCUCAUCGCCGCCAUCGGAUGCCAUCGCAUCGCCGUCCAGAACAACAACUAUGACAAAACUGUCAGGAACUUCCUGGACAAGUCUGCUGCUCCUCAUCGGUGGCGAGCUGCAGACGGUCGACUGAUCGAGAAGGACAGUGAACACACCAUCAGAGCCAGACAGCUGAGAGAUCUGUACAACGACGUCAGUCUGUUUACUGUCAGCGGCAAGCAGAGAUGCCACGUUCUCAUGACACUCAAACACACUGUCAAGGAGCACGAGUGUCAGCUGACGCGGGACAUCGUGGAUUUGAUUGACAGGGAGGUGGACCUGAUGUCUCGGGGGGUAAAGGAAGCCUCUCUGGAGGGGCUGAGGAAGAGGAUCUGCACUCUGUUCCUCCAGUACAUCAAAACACCAGCGUUUAACCCUGAGGUGGCCAAGCUGCUGAAGGUUCCCCAGAAUCCCUCUCAGCUGAAGAACGACAUGUUCCUAUGCUGGGGCUGUCAUCGCUACCUAAACUCUGCCAACUUCAAGCCGUCCGCCAGCACCCGUCUGAGCGGUCGGUGCCAGGACUGCAUCAGACUGGACAACAUAGCCAGAUCUCGUGAUGACUUCUCCUGCUACAAAAGCAUCCUGAAGAGGCUGAGAGCUGACGAGCAGCAGCUCAACGAGGACGCCAAGAUUCCCUUCCUGCUGCAGGAGGAGGAUGUGCAGUACCUGGUGGAGGUGGUCUGGGCGUCUCGCUCGGCCCUCCACGCCAGCAGCGACCUCUACAACCUGGUGUUUGUCCGCUGGGAGCGUCAGCGGGACUGGAGCCCCUGGAACUGCAUCCUGCUGUCCAAAGAAGAGACUUCAGCUCACCUGCAGGUGGAAAACAUCCACAAGGCAUACGAGGCAACAUUCAUCCGCAGGAUUGAACACAAACACAUGCUGGCUCGGCGCCACUUCAGCCAGAUCGCCGUCAUGGCCGAGUACCUGGACCCUCAGCCGCCUGCUGCCCUGGGCAACCAGCUUGUCUCCAAGCCCAUCACUAUGGCGACAAGCAAGCACACCAUUGACACCCCACCGGCCUCAGCCCGUUAAGAAACACCCUGUGGUUUUCUUUCUUCUGUCACUGUUUCCUCCUUCACUCAUAUUGUCUGAGACUUUAGGAAACACUUUAUCUGAAAUCUAAAAUAAAGUUAAGAGUGGUUUUACUGCUGGUUUCUACUUAUGUCAAGUUAUUUCACUUCUAGUACUUUUAUUUUGAAAGAAGGAUGUAGUUACUUUUGCUCAGAUUUAGUGGCAUCUAGUGAUGAAGAUUGCAGGUUGCAACCAGCUGAAACUUCUCCUAGUCAGAAUUCCUUCAGUGUUCAGUGUUCAGGAGGUUUUUACCAGGAGCUGAAUCAUCCACAGAGGUCUCUUCCUCUCUAAAACAAACAGACCAGCUGAUUUAAACCAGUAAAAACACUAAAUAAAGCAGUGUCAUGUUUUAAAUCAGUGUUUCACUGUUCAGCUAGUCGGAGACAGGCUGCUAGUCCGGCACUUACAAAUGUGUGGUCACCCUUUUUCUCUGUUAACUUGCGAUCCAGAUGUUCACGGGUGUUUUUUGGGAGCUGAAUUAUCUGAGGAGGUCUCUUCCUCUAAAACAAACGGACCCAGCUGAUUUAAACCGGUAAAAACACUGAAUAAAGCAGUUUCAUGUUAAAAAUUGGUGUUUUUCUUACGCAUAAAUGCAAAUAGCCCUAUCAGGAGCCAGUGUUGCGUUUCUCUGUUCUGGGCUACUGUUGAAACAUGGUGGUGAACAUGGCGAUCUCCACAGGCAAGGACCCACUCACUAUGUAGAUAUAAACGGCUCAUUCUAAGGUAACAGAAAGACAAUGGUUCUUAUUUUCAGGUGAUUAUACACCAAAGAAAACAUAAUUGUUAUAUUCUAUUUUUGUCAAUAUACCCCCCUAAAUCUGACACACUGGACCUUUAAGUUGAUGAUUUUCAGCUCAUCAGGCUUAAGUAACGUUUGUUAUUUGUUUCUCACGUUACAGUUGAUCUCUGCCGGAAUAUGUUUGCCAUUGACCUCUCUCUGAAUUGCAGAUACUGUACAUGCAGUUCCACAAGUUUGGCCUGACACUUAAUAAAAAUAAUGAUUAUAAUUUAUCCUUGAAAUAGCAAAUAACAGUUCAGCUGCUGUGUGAAAUUUGUGGAGUUCCCCUUUAGCGUGCUGCUUUUGGAAACUGAGACUGAGCGACAGUGAACACACUUCAGAAACACCUCAGGUAAAAAAAAAAAACAGUUUAAAGAAUCAGCUCUGAGUCUGAAGAUUGAACCUGAACAUUCAGUGUGACUCUGACCAAUCAGAGCUUUUGAUACAUAAAACAUAUUGUGCUGAUAAUACUUCUGCACUUCUACUUAAGUAGGAU